GGUGGUGGCGGCGGCUGCCGGGGCUCGGCUGUCGGGGAAGCUGCUGAGCUGUGAUGGUGAUGACGAGGUGAAAAUGGCGGAUCUUUCGAAAUACAAUCCCGGCCCCUGACAUACCAGAGGCGGCGGCCGCGGCGACGUCGCCACCCCGGCUCCCUCCUGAGCCCCCGGGUACCCUGUAGUGCUCCAUUUCGGGCAAACUGGAAAAGGAAGCUGCUGGACAGAGCUACCGUGCACAGGCAAAACAAGCACUUGCCCGGGCUCGGAAUUGCCGGGACCUUCUGGAGCCCGCUCUUCGGAGCCGGAGGGUGGAGAAAGCGGCAGCCUCUGGAGCACCUGGGCAUCUUCCUAGAAGCAGAGCGAUCAUGGAGGUGGUGCCGGCUGAGGUGAAUAGCUUGCUUCCAGAGGAGAUAAUGGACACUGCUAUAACUUUAGUGGAUGAGGAUAGUAUUGAGGCUGUAAUUGUGUCAUCCCCAAUUCCCAUGGAGACAGAACUGGAAGAAAUUGUCAACAUAAAUUCUACUGGUGACUCUACAGCCACGCCCAUUUCCACGGAACCCAUCACAGUGUACAGUAACCACACUAACCAAGUUGCAGUGAAUACCACAGUUACUAAAGCAGAUUCUAAUACCACAGUGAAACCAGCAUUUCCAAGUGGCCUUCAAAAACUUGGUGCUCAGACUCCUGUGACUAUAUCAGCCAAUCAGAUUAUUCUAAACAAAGUAUCACAGACAUCUGAUCUUAAACUUGGCAAUCAGACCCUUAAACCAGAUGGACAGAAGUUAAUUUUAACAACUUUGGGCAAAUCUGGUUCACCAAUUGUUUUAGCACUACCCCAUAGCCAACUACCCCAGGCUCAGAAAGUUACAGCUCAGGCCCAGCCAGGAGAUGCUAAGUUGCCACCGCAGCAAAUUAAAGUAGUUACCAUUGGAGGGGGGCCAGAGGUGAAACCUGUCAUUGGUGUCUCAGCACUGACCCCAGGAAGUCAACUGAUUAAUACUGCAACUCAGCCCUCUGUGUUACAGACCCAACAGUUAAAAACAGUGCAGAUUGCUAAGAAGCCUCGAACACCAACCUCUGGUCCAGUGAUCACGAAGCUGAUCUUUGCAAAACCAAUUAAUAGUAAAGCGGUCACAGGACAGACAACUCAAGUGUCACCACCAGUCAUCACAGGUAGGGUUCUUUCACAGUCUACUCCUGGAACUCCAUCAAAGACCAUAACUAUAUCGGAAAGUGGUGUUAUCGGAUCAACUUUAAAUCCUACAACACAGACACCAAAUAAGAUAGCCAUCUCACCUUUGAAGUCACCAAAUAAGGCAGUGAAGUCGGCUGUGCAGACCAUCACUGUUGGAGGGAUGAGCACAUCACAGUUUAAGACCAUCAUUCCUCUGGCAACUGCGCCCAAUGUCCAGCAGAUCCAAGUGCCUGGAAGCAAGUUUCAUUAUGUCCGGCUUGUUACAGCCACAACAGCCAGUAGCUCAGCCCAGCCAGCUAGUCAGAAUCCCAGUGUAAACACUCAGCCUCUUCAGCAAGGGAUCAAACUCGGGUCUUCAAGCUUGGUGGUUCCAAAACCAAUCAAUUCAACUUCACAAAUUGUAACUACUAGCCAGCCACAGCAAAGGCUUAUCAUGCCUGCCACACCCCUGCCGCAGAUCCAGCCCAACCUCACUAACCUGCCACCGGGAACUGUGCUGGCCCCUGCUCCAGGGACAGGGAAUGUGGGCUAUGCAGUGCUUCCAGCUCAGUAUGUUACUCAGUUACAGCAGUCUUCGUAUGUGUCUAUAGCAAGCAGCUCUAAUUUUACUGGAACAUCUGGUAUCCAGACACAGGCAAGACUUCCAUUCAAUGGCAUAAUACCAUCAGAGUCUGCCAGUCGGCCCAGAAAACCCUGUAACUGUACAAAGUCCCUGUGCCUGAAAUUAUACUGUGAUUGUUUUGCGAAUGGUGAGUUUUGCAACAACUGCAAUUGUACCAAUUGUUACAACAAUUUGGAACAUGAAAAUGAAAGACAAAAAGCAAUAAAGGCAUGCCUUGAUAGAAAUCCAGAAGCCUUUAAGCCGAAGAUAGGGAAAGGCAAAGAGGGGGAGUCGGAUCGGCGGCACAGCAAAGGGUGUAACUGCAAACGGUCAGGAUGUCUUAAGAACUACUGUGAGUGCUACGAGGCAAAAAUAAUGUGUUCCUCAAUCUGUAAAUGCAUUGGCUGUAAGAAUUUUGAAGAAAGCCCAGAACGGAAGACCUUGAUGCACUUAGCAGAUGCAGCUGAAGUAAGGGUCCAGCAACAGACGGCAGCCAAGACCAAGCUAUCCUCUCAAAUCUCAGACUUGCUGACCAGGCCAACUCCCGCUCUGAACAGUGGAGGAGGAAAAUUGCCAUUUACGUUUGUAACUAAGGAAGUAGCUGAAGCCACGUGUAAUUGCCUUCUUGCCCAGGCAGAGCAGGCAGACAAGAAGGGGAAAUCAAAGGCAGCGGCAGAACGGAUGAUACUUGAGGAAUUUGGACGGUGUUUGAUGAGCGUCAUCAACUCUGCAGGAAAAGCAAAAAGUGACCCUUGUGCCAUGCACUGCUAAUUCUUGCACAAAAGACGGACAUGGAACUGUACAGAAAAUUUAAGGUGCCAGGACACUUGAUUUUCUAGAAGAUAAUAAUUGCUGUAUUUUAAUUCAGCCUUUGUUUUAAGAGACCAGAAACUAUACUAUUGAAUGAGAAGAAAUUUUAAAUGAAGAAAUUGGUACAUUUUAAAUCUUAGUUAAUUCUGCCUAUGUCCCUUCUAAAUUUUUUCUUUAAAAUUUUUUCCUUUAUUGUAUUAUAUAUUUUUUUAAUUUGCUUGGGUUUCUUAAGAAUUAGAUGUUCUGUCCUGAUUCUAUUGACAAAGUACAUUCAUAAAUUAUUGUAAUACCAUUUAUGAUGUAUGGUGUUGUAUGACUUUGUUCAGUAGAAAGAGCCAAGGCAGCAUGGGUAUUUUCCAUUCUUUGGCUCCAGAUCCAGAAUCUUCACAGGUAGAAUGUCCACAUAACCAGAUUCUUAAUGAAACAUAUAACAUUUUGUCUAGAAAAACACCACCCUUUUAAGGAAAAAAAUCAGCCUUUUUGGGUGGGUUCUGUAAUACUAUCUUUUGUCUUUGGGAAAUUAGAAGGGAAAACAAUCCCAAUCAUACUUUCCAGUUAUGAAGUUUGUAUUUUCUUUAAAGAAAACAAAAUAUCAAGGGACAGUAAUUUUCAGAGGAUGGGCAGUGUCUGUGAUAAGGAAUGGCUAAUGUGUUCUGGGAUGUCUUCAUUCCUUUGAAGGGGGUGGUUUGUUUUGUAAUAAUUGUCAAAGUUUUUAUGGAUAAUUACUAAAAUGAGAGAUUGUGUGAAUUGAAGUAAACAUUUUAUGUCAAGAUUAAAUAUAGGACUCAUAAGUAUCAAGUAGAGAAUGGACUUGGAUGGAGAAGCAAGGGUACAAAGCUGUGAGAUUAUGUACGAUGAAGUUUUUAUCCACACAGUUCUCUGUAGACUUUGGAACUAAGUUUGAAUCAGUGUGUGUCACCUGAUUUACUGGAGUGGGCCUCCUGGCAGCUUUCACGAUUGAAGUGAGCUAUCUUUUUAUAAAGGUAGUUUAAUACAGCUGCUUUGUUUUUAGCCAGUGAUUUGGUAAGCUGAGGUGUGUUUGCUCUCAUAAUUGCAAAAAUAACCUAAAUAAUUUUUAGUAAUUAAAAACUGUAUAAUCUUAAGAGCCUAAUGUAAUAGGACUCUUGAGUGUUUGACAAUGGGAAAAACUAUGUUGGAAUUGAGGCAUUUUGUAUGGUACCUUAAUCCUCGGUAACUAUUAGCAUAUGCUUAUAACCCUGCCUACAAGGAUUCUAUAGUUGUAUGUAGUGUGUAUAUAUGUUCAUAUGAACAUGAAAGAUAUAGGCAAUAGAAAUUAAUGCAAAGAGGAUUCCGUUAUUCAUUAAAGUAUCCUCUUUUAAAUUGUGGAUUUAUAAAUUAUAGUGCAGUAACUUUAAAUGUAGAUAAUGCAGACAUUCUUAGCACCUCAGUCUAGUGUGUCGAAGUAAACUUUGUAUAAAUGUAAAUUAGUCUAAAAGGACAAAAUAAUAUCUAAUCAAGUUAUUUUUCAAAAGACUGCAAUAAGUUUUUGGUUUAAACCUAAACUUUGUUCAUUUUGUAUAUAUUGUGUGUUAAUUUUAAUUGCACCAUUGUGAUGUGUAUUUAUAUACAGUGUGCACAAAAUGUUUGUGAAUUUUUGAUUAUGAUUGUAGAUUAUGUAUGAUGGCAUUGCUUAAGAAUGUUUUGCUUGUUAAAACUUUGAAGGUGCAAUCAAAUGCUACUAGUCUGACUUUUCAGAAGCUCUCUAAAGUAUCGAGCCCUUUCUUUCUGUCUGGUCCUCACUAAGCAACCUUUUGUAUUAGGCAUUUGCAUCAAAUCCUGAACAAAAUUAAUAGCCACAUUAAUUUACCAAUUUUAAAAGAUUACUUGGGGAGGGUUCGGUAUAUAAUUUUUAAGCCCUAUUACAUCCCAAAGUAGAAAGAUUAUAUUUACUAGAGCUAUUCAAAAAGUACACUUUUCUAUAUUGUAAAAACAGGGCAGAAGAAUAAAUCAUACAGAAAAUAAACAUUUAUACUAUUCUGUAAGAAAAAAAAGGUUUUGCAUUUUUUCUUCAGUUCAAUACCAAUUUUAACCAUUUACCAUGCAAUAAGCCUUUUUAGUUACCUGAUUUUCAAGUACAUUUGACAUUACUUGUGAAAAAACUUGAAGGCUCUCAUCUUUGCACAGUUCACUAGCAUGAGUUGCACUGAAAUGAGAAUAUGCCUGUGAUUUCCAAUGUCUAUGGCAGAAAUGCGUCUGCUCUGUUAGGUGCAGGAUGCUCUCACCACCACCUUCCUUAGUUCUGUGGCUCUGAGGUCGUAGAAGCAGCAUGUAGAUCUUGUCCUGGAGAUGGAAGCUUGGUAUUGUAGGCAAUGAAGCCAGAGCCCUGGUUGAGGGAGGAGGAUGGGCUGGCUUAGCGGCCC